GCAAGAGCCGAGCACGGAGUGACCCCCGCGGACCGACCCACAGACAGACAGACCGACCGACCCACCGACCCUCCGACCUCCCUCACACACACCCCACUCCCCCCGGCCGCCGACAUGUCCGGCGACGAGAUGAUUUUCGACCCUACUAUGAGCAAGAAGAAGAAGAAAAAGAAGAAGCCCUUUAUGCUGGAUGAGGAAGGAGGAGGAGAUACACAAACAGAGGAGACUCAGCAAUCAGAAACAAAGGAAGUUGAACCAGAGCCAACAGAAGACAAAGAUGUGGAAGCAGAUGAAGAAGACAGCAGGAAGAAAGAUACAACAGAUGACUUGGAUGACUUAAACUUCUUCAAUCAAAAGAAAAAGAAGAAAAAAACAAAAAAGAUAUUUGAUAUAGAUGAAGCAGAAGAAGGUGUAAAGGAAUUGAAAAUUGAAGGGGAUGUGCCAGAGGCAGCAGAACCUGAAGAUGAUCUUGAUAUCAUGCUGGGCAAUAAAAAGAAGAAAAAGAAGAAUGUGAAGUUUCCAGAUGAAGAUGAGAUAAUGGAGAAGGAGGAAGCAUUUGAGGAUGAAGACAGCAAAAAAGACGAUGGAAUUUCUUUUAGCCUUCAGUCAGGACCUGCGUGGGCAGGCUCAGAAAGGGACUACACAUAUGAUGAGCUGCUCAAUAGAGUUUUUAACAUCAUGCGGGAAAAAAACCCGGACAUGGUGGCUGGAGAAAAACGGAAAUUUGUCAUGAAGCCCCCCCAGGUUGUGAGAGUAGGGACCAAGAAAACAUCUUUUGUCAACUUUACAGAUAUCUGCAAAUUAUUACAUCGUCAGCCCAAACAUCUCCUGGCAUUUUUGUUGGCAGAAUUGGGUACAAGUGGCUCAAUAGAUGGUAACAACCAACUUGUAAUCAAAGGAAGAUUCCAGCAAAAACAGAUAGAAAAUGUCUUGAGAAGAUAUAUCAAGGAGUACGUCACCUGCCACACGUGCCGCUCCCCAGACACCAUCCUGCAGAAGGACACCAGGUUAUACUUCCUGCAGUGCGAGACCUGCCACUCCCGCUGCUCCGUCGCCAGCAUCAAAACAGGCUUCCAGGCUGUCACAGGCAAGAGAGCCCAGCUCCGUGCCAAAGCUAAUUAGUCUGCUAAUCACCACUGGAUUGUGCACAGCGUUCUGGGGAGGUGGCAGCUGGACAGGUUUCCAGGAGCGGAUUGAGCGUUUGUGUUAAAAAACGAGAUUGUAAAAACGGCGAGAAAUUGGGCUUUUGGUUGGCUGGGCUGUGAAACCCUUGCAAGAUGCAGAUCCUCAAGCUGUUCACAUACAUUUGCUCAUUGAAUAUAUUUUACCAACUGUAAGGAACGUGAUGGGGAAAGGAGGUGCUUUUUAAUCCGUUCAGACUUCUGUAAAACACGAGAUAAAUUAAAGAUACUAUAACAGUGAGUGUCUUGGAUUUGGAUUUUUCCUUCAGUUUCCUCUCUAAACACUGGUGGGAAUGGUUGGUGUGUUGUUGUUCUGCAAGAUCAUGUCACUGAACUAUGUCCAAAACCCAGAAUGAAGAUUAAGGUAGAGGUUAUUUUGCUUUUCCCUAACCAGCUGAUUUUUAGUUAGGCUGUCAUUAAACAGAGAAACCGGUCCCAGAGUCCCAGGGCUGUGCCAGCACGAGACCUGCUCGUGCUUUUACACCCAUGGGUGCACAGACAGGAACAGCAGGACAUGGUUCUGCUUCCUUAGGCAAAAAGUAGCUCUGGGAGGAUUCAGACACCAGGUCGAUGCUGAAUCUUAACACAGAAUCAGUAAACUGUACAAUAAAUUUUCAUAGUGUCAUAGUACUAAAGUUUGCAAUUUCUAAUAGAGAAAUGUUUAUAUUUCUGAAGUCCUGCACUCUUCAUCACUUUAAAAUGAAUCUAAAUGCAGCAAAA